AUGAGAGAAGUAGCUAUUUGUGAACCUAAGCUUUCAGAACUAUCUGCGAUUGAUAGCCGGAUCAAUUUACUCAAGAAGAGCCUAGGGUUUCUUCUACCGAACCGGAACUCCCAAUGGCUCAAGGAAGCUACGAAGAUUAUAUCCGACCGCAUUAAACCACGUCAGCACUCAUUUUGCGCCCUGGCUGUUUCCAUUGAAGGAUUAGAGGGAUAUACUAUCCCAGCGGAUUGCCUUUUUUUUACGGUGUCCCAAUGUAGCGUUAUUGUCCUGAGCAUGGAUAAAUACCGAUUUAACCUCAUAGAUAUCCCCCUGGCCUCUAUAAAGGGCACAGAAGCAAAGGGCAAUAAACUGAGAAUCAUCCUUAGGCAAAGGUGUUACUUGGUGGUGAAUGGAGUCGAACAAUAUUCGAAUAACAUCCUCGUUGGGAUGGAAACUCCUCAUCAUGUGGAAGCAGCAAUAAAGGCUGUCAGAAAUAUAAUAGAGUUAACCACCAGAGACAAUGAGACACCCCUAUAUAAACGGGCGAAGGAAGGGGCAAUGGCGAUUAUUGCUUUCCAGGAUUGUGUUAAUGACUUUGAACCAGAAGCUCCUAUCGGCCUCCAUAUAUCUAUCCAUGCGGACAGCGACCAUGAUGCUGGAUGCAUGCGGUGGCAAGAAUCCCAGCGACAACCCUCUUCUUCUGCCAUAAUUGAACUUCCAACCGGCGAGGAGGUUCUAUCCGCGUCACAAUUAUCCUUGCAAUCCAGCCAUCGUCUACAAUCUCAGCCGCUCCAUCAGCAACCACGAGAACAGUGCGUUUCUAAUCAGACUGGAGGCACACCCGCAACUGGAGGUGUGUCUCCUACAAAUGAGAACCAGCUGCAAACACUGAGCGCUUCGCCACAUUCUGUAAACCAGCCUUCCAAGCAAGUAACUUCUCAAGCUCCUACUACUGCAAAUCAUGUCGAAGUCUUGCAAACUUCACCAAUCUCGUCGAUUUCGCCAACUUCAAAUGUUGAGGAGGUCGGAGAGGUGGACCGUGCGGCGGGGGUGUCGAAUGACUUGCCUAAUCUGGCAAAACAGGCACUUCUACUUCAACCUCAACUUCUGAACCCCAGCUUGCAAACAACACAGAAGGAGACGAGAGAUACACCGUGUCUCGAAGACGCAGCAUGCGGAAAGUUGACAUUGGCAGCUGAGAAGCUCACGGCAAUCGUACCUGACUCGCAACCUGUGGCUGAAGCGGUAGAUACCAUGGCAGGUUCCGGGCCCUUCAAAUCACCCCAGGAGACUGAAAAGGCCACAGGCGAAUCCGGUUCGGCUAAUAACUCUCGUUUAAAGCGACCUACACAUAAGCUAUGCGGUUCAUCUUCGAAGAAAGCAGACCUCGACUGGGAUGAAGGCCUUCGCGUGGAACCAGAUAUUUCCCUACCACAUCCAGAGGCUUCUGCGACCGCAAAGAAUGCUAAAGAGGCGCCACAAGAUAUUGAGAAAACAGGAACCAAGGGGAGGAAGAAACCAAAUCCUAGGGCCAAACAAAAGAUCAAACCGCUAGAAUUGACGUCCCAGACUGGCAACGCCCUAAAAGAAAACAAAAGAAACAGCCAGGUUACUAAGACCUUGACCUCUGCCCGCCCACCCCGGAAUGCUGCUGAAGUGGCCAACAAAAAGAUGGCCCUUGCGGCUGAGCGGGAAACUGCUCUUGAAGAUCUUGCAGAACAUAUUCAAAUUGAUGAUCAAUCCAUACCACAAGCAGGCCCACCUCCGCCAAAGCGUGACUCUAUCGCUACGGCAAAGCCGUUAACUAAUGACUCGAGUGAUCUUUCAGGAGUAGCUUUACACUGCGGUAAAGAUGCUGUGGUGGAAACUCCAUGUGUGGCUCCAGAACCUUUAGGAAAGCAAGUCACACAAGCUCAGAAAACCAAGGCAACUGGACUUGAUACCAGAAAUGACUCUGUGAUAGAUCUAUGCAGUGAUAGCUCUCAGGAUGAGGAUACCGGCCAAACAAGACAAAGUAACACCAAAGCAACGUCAGGGGUGGACUUACCGACAAAAGCAGCAGAUUGCGUUUCAGAAGCAGCUGCCCUGCGUAAUAAGCCUCAGUCUAUAGCAAAGAAGCAUGCGACUACCAGAGCAUGCAUAGGACCUGCGCCUGUUAAGGAAAGACGAACAACCAAACUUUCGGAAAACAAAGAAGGUGCAGGCACUACACUAAACCUAGUAAGUCAGAGGAAGCGAGAAACUGGUAAUCCUUCUCAAGUUUCCAAAAAUGUGUGUGAGUUCAUGUCUCGCAACCAAUUGUCAGCGCAGAAACCGAUUAUCGCAUCGAACGCUCGCAAAUCGGGUCUAGAGAAGUCGAAGAAUCAAGGAAAACCGACCUCAAAGUACGAUGAGGUUAAUUCCAGUACUUUACCUUUGCAAAAGGGUAAUCGAACUGCAAAUGUAGUGCAGACAAGAAUACCUCCAAUGACAAUAACAAGGCAUGAACAGCAAAAACCCACACGGUCCGUUAAGUUUGACUUGGGAGUAAACCAUACUCCUACAUCUAGCACUGGGCCAUCAGAUAAUGCGAAUGCUAUCGAUGGUAAAGCCGUACUGCCUUCAACAACAAGGAAGGACGGUGGCUCGUCACUGUCACGCUUAACAAAUUAUGAUGCUCCUAUGGCCUCAGAAAAUACUGAGGAUGAAGACGAAGAGCAGACCUCCAGUUCGUUGGAUGAGUUCCCGAAGUACACUUCAGUACGCCCGAAACAGAUUGGCUGGCAGUCUCGAACGGUUGACGAAAACGGAAGCCCAAUACCACGGCUGCAACAUGCCAGAAAAAAUUAUAGCCAGCGUGUCCUUGGAGUGCUAGAUGAAACAGAUAAACCAAAAGUGCCCCCUCACGCAGAUAUGCCACCUGCAAUCUCGGAGCACUCUCAACUUCAAAGAAUGACUACCUUCAAUCCAUCUGCCUAUAGUAAUUCGAAGACGAGCACCAACAGAGACAUAGCUGGCAGGCAUUCAUUUCAAUCAUCAAAUAUGUUUGCACCGGGGGAGAGGCAUGGCCACCGGUAUCGUUAUAUGAAAGCAAAUGAUCUAUGCGAUGAUCAGAAGGAACCCUGUGGAAAAUUUGGGGGCCGGAAUAAAUCCGCUACAUCAUCGUAUAAGAAGUCAUUUGAUUCGAUGCAGCGGUUGAAGGCUCAUCAAACCAAUUCAAUACCACGAACCAUGGGUAAGAGACACCAUAUGAUAGAUGUGAGAGACUCGAAGCCAUUCAAGGUCAUAGAGCAUAACGAAGAUGCCGUAAACACAGGGGCAGAGACUGAUGACGAAUGUUCUCCCCCGCGAUAUCCACCGGAGUCCUCGGAAUAUGUAGAAUCCCAAGGGCAUGAGUGGGAGAAACAAUUGCGGGACAACUACAAAGGGGGGAGAGAUAUUCUGAGUGAUACGAGUAAACAACUCUCCCGCAAGUUAUGGGAGAGUGAAAAUAGAUUAUACAAAUCGGUGGACAUUUACCGAGUUGGCUGUACUAGGAUGAUCGAUCAGCUGAAGGAAAUCCAGUCAGAAAAGCUUGACCAAAGUGAAAACGCUCUCAGGCCAAUCAAGAAAAGGGUUUUAAGGGUAUUUGAGAAUUUCUCUAAAAGAUUAGAGAAUGAUCUUGAGUCUAUUCACAAGGCAUCCUCAACUCUCCCUACCACUGCUAACAGAGGUCAACGGCUUAACAACGAUAUUAAUUCGGCGAUUGAUGAAUACAAGUCAAGACUAAUUAGGUCAACAAACGUUUAG